CUUUAGUAGUGGUCCUCUAUUCCUCCCCAGCAAUACUAAUAGCUAAUAUAAGAUGUGGUCUGUUUGGCUUUCUGUUAUUAGCUUGCUUAAUGUGAUUUCCACGCAUUGGGUUUAUAGGUGGAGGAAUCCUAAAUGUAACGGAAAAUUACCUCCUGGUUCUAUGGGUAUCCCACUUAUUGGGGAGACCCUUGAUUUUCUAGUGUCAAACAACUCACUGGACACCCCACCUUUUAUCAAGAAAAGGAUGAUGAAAUUUGGGCCAAUAUUUCGAACAAGUUUGGCAGGACGGCCAAUGGUGGUAUCAUCUGAUCCUAAAUUCAAUUAUUAUGUUUUUCAACAAGGAAAAUUGGUUGAACAGUGGUAUAUGGACUCCUUUGCCAAGCUUCUUGGCCAAGAUGUAACAAGAGUUAGUAGCCAUAGAAAUAUUCAUAAGUACCUUCGGAACUCAAUCUUGAAUCAUGUUGGUCCUGAGGCUCUCAAGAACAAGUUGUUACCUCACUUAGAGGAUGCGAUAAGUCAAAAAUUGCAAGGUUGGUCUAAGCUACCCAGUUUGGAAGUGAAGAAAAGCCUUGCAGUUAAUCGACAGAAGGUGGUAAACUUGAUAACUAAAAUAUAUGAGGAGAGAAAGCGUAAUCCCGAAAUUGGCAAAGGAGAUUUUCUUGAUCAAAUUUUGAUGGACAUGAAAACUGAAACAUUCUUGACAGAUAAAUUCAUAAUCUAUGUGAUGUUUGGGCUUCUCCUUGCCAGCUUUGAGACUAUAUCCUCAACUCUUACAUUAGCUAUUAAGUUACUUAGCGACAAGCCAAAAGUGGUGAAAGAAUUGACGGUUAGUGAUACAAAGAGGAGCCAAAUUUUCUUGAAAUAGAUUUA